AUGUCUCCAUAUCGACUGGUCUUUGGAAAAGCAUGCCACCUACCAGUGGAGUUUGAACAUAGAGAAUACUGGGUAUUGAAGCAGUUAAACAUAGACCUCGAAAAGGCUGGAGAAACAAGAAUACUGCAACUACAUGAAUUGGAAGAAUUCAGAAGAGAAGCAUAUGAGAAUUCAGCCAUCUACAAGGAAAGGACGAAGCAGUGGCAUGACAAGAACAUUAGGCAAAGAAUUUUUAGAAUGGGAGAUCAAGUGCUUUUAUACAAUUUCAGACUUAAAUUGUUUCCAGGAAAGUUGAAAUUUAAAUGGUCUAACCCUUUUACGGUCUCUCGGGUGUUUCCCUACGGCACAGUUGAAUUACACUAUCCAACAAAAGGAAACUUCAAAGUAAAUUACCAACGUAUCAAGCACUACGUGGAAGAUUUCCCCAUCGCUAAAGAGAGCCUUAACCUAGUUGUACCAAAAUAA